ACCUAAAACAAAGAUGGCAGCUCACAGGGGCAGUUGGUCAGCUUGGCUGGUUUUUAUUAUCAGUUUGUCGGUGAUUUUAGUUGCAGGCAGUCAUGAAACGACGCUCGCUAGUGACCACCUCGUUAGCGCGGUCGAAAAUCUACAGACAGACGCAGAAACCGAGAAGCAAACGGCCGAGGAGCCCUCGGUGGAGGAGAGACGAUGGGAGGCGACUCGGGCGGAAGAUGCUGCAGCCGAAAAACAAGACAUUCCUGCUUCUGAGUCGACGGUGUUAACUUCCACACCACAACACAAAGAUGAUUUUCAGGAGGAGCUGGUGGUCAGGCCGCUGCACUCAGGGGAUAUUUAUGCCAGCUUCCAGUUCCGUACCCUUUGGCAAACAGAUUUUAUGAGUGGAAACAAAGUGUCCCACUAUCGGCUGUUUCCCAAAUCUCUGGGUCAGGUCAUCUCCAAGUUCUCUGUGCGAGAGCUGCACAUCUCCUUCACUCAGGGCUAUUGGAGGACCAUGCAGUGGGGGCAGCCUUAUCUCCCAUCCCCUCCAGGAGCUGAACUCUGGGUUUGGUUUCAUGACACUGUGACGGACGUGGAUGCCACAUGGAAGGAGCUGACCAACGUUUUGUCAGGCAUCUUCUGUGCUUCACUGAACUUUAUUGACUCCACCAAUACUGUUCAGCCCAGCGCCUCCUUCAAACCCCUGGGGAUAGCCAACGUGACAGACCAUCGCUUCCUUCGCUAUGCCACCCUCCCACGGGAAAUUGUUUGCACUGAGAAUUUGACACCUUGGAAGAAACUGUUGCCAUGUGGGUCCAAGGCUGGUCUCGCUGUGCUGCUGAAGUCGGAGAAACUCUUCCACAGCAGUUUUCAUUCUCAGGCAGUGCACAUAAGACCAGUGUGUCAAGACUCCUUGUGCAAAACUACGUCCUGGGAGCUGAGGCAGACACUGAAUGUUGUCUUUGACCUACACACCUCUGGACAGGGCAAACGAGAGUGGUCUCUGUUCAAGAUGUUCUCUCGGACACUGACUGAAGCCUGCCCAUUGGCCUUCUCCAGUAAAAUAUACAUCGACAUCACAGACAACCCACAGGAGGAGCUGUUUGAGCUCAUCCCAGCCACUCCGCUGCUGAGCCAGGCUGUGGUGCUGGGGGACAGGCGGACCUUCUCCGUUUACGACCUGACCCAACAGGUCACCUUCGGGACUGUUCGCUCCCUCAACUUGCUGAUCCGCUGGAAAUCCAGUGAGGGUGACAUGCUCCGCCCCUUGCUCCACGCCGAACGUUACGUUGCUGGAUACGGGCUGCAGACAGGAGAGAUUCAUACCUUAAUGUACAACAAUCACCCCUUCAGGUCUUUCCCAGUGCUGCUGCUGGACUCGGUACCUUGGUAUCUACGUCUCUACGUCCACACCCUCACAGUCACCAGCAAGGGAAAAGACAAUAAGCCUAGUUAUAUCCACUACCAGCCUUCUAAAGACCGCAUGCGGCCCCACCUGCUGGAAAUGCUGGUGCAGCUUCCUCCUCACUCCGUUACUGAGGUUACAGUGCAGUUUGAGAGGGCUCUGCUUAAAUGGACCGAGUACACCCCUGAUCCCAACCACGGCUUUUACGUUGGGUCUUCAGUUAUAAGUGCACUUGUUCCAAGCACCGUCACCAUGGAUACAAACAACACUCAGGAGCAACCACUUUUCAGCAGCUUCUUUCCCUGCAAAGAGGAGUCCAGCUACUUUGUGCGGGUCUACACAGAACCUCUGUUGGUCAACCUGCCAACUCCAGACUUCAGCAUGCCUUAUAAUGUCAUCUGCCUGACCUGCACUGUUGUGGCCGUGGGCUACGGCUCUCUUUACAACCUUCUGACCCGAAGCUUCCAGGUAGAAGAACCCAACCCAGGACUGGCCAAGCGGAUAGCCAACGUCAUCCGCAAGAUGAGGGGCGUGCCACCACUCUGAGGCUUCCAAACAGGGCUCACCUUUGACCUUUUAUUAGUGAGCUUGUUUGGGAAAACAAAACAAAAACACUUGAAGAUCAGGGAGAAACUAAGUCAAACACUGCUGGGGAUGAAUUUAAAUGAGUCAACUUGAAGUUUUCUAUUUCACAAAUGGAAGAGGACAAUUUAUUUUAUUCACCCUAAAGGUUUUAAGAAGAAAUACUUGUGACAAAAUUCUAGACAUUGGCCAUCUUGAAUGGG